AUGCUUUUUCAUUCGUUUUUCAAAUCUUUGGUUGGGAAGGAUGUUGUUGUUGAAUUAAAAAAUGACCUCAGCAUAUGUGGAACACUGCAUUCAGUUGAUCAGUUUUUAAAUAUCAAACUGACGGACAUCAGUGUAAUAGACCCAGAUAAAUACCCACAUAUGCUUUCUGUCAAGAAUUGUUUCAUUCGUGGAUCAGUAAUAAGAUAUAUCCAGCUGCCUGCUGAGGAAUGUGAUACACAACUUCUUCAAGAUGCUGCUAGAAAGGAAUCAGCACAAAACAAGCAAAGAUCAUGA